AUGAGUAGGUCGCAGGAUACCGUCAUCGAUGAUGACGAGGAGACUUGCCCACUGUGCAUCGAAGAGUUUGACCUAUCCGACAAGAACUUCAGACCAUGUCCUUGUGGCUACCAGAUAUGUCAGUUCUGCUUCAACAGUCUGAAGACCACCUACGAAAAGAGCACUUGCCCAAACUGUCGAAGACCUUACGAUGAAAAGACCAUCCAGUACAAAAUCCCAACAGCUGAAGAAUUCAAACUCGACCAACUAAACAAGAAUAAAAAGCAAGCCGCAGCCAAACGAAAGGAAACCGAGAAACGUGAAGUGGAGAAUUCUUCACGUCGCAAUCUAGCUGGUGUGCGUGUCAAGCAACAAAAUCUUGUUUACGUUAUCGGCCUCAUACCACAGAUCAAAGAUGAACAGGCACUGCUUCAAACACUCCGAGGUCCAGAAUAUUUCGGUCAGUACGGCGAAAUAGAGAAAAUUGUGGUGAGCAAAGCCAAACCAGGCGCUGCUAACCAGGGAAUCGGUGUUUACGUGACAUAUGCUCGCAAAGAGGACGCUGCUCUCUGCAUCAACACUGUCGAUGGAUCUCUCAACGGCGAUCGUGUUCUGAGAGCCCAAUUUGGCACCACCAAGUACUGCUCCGCCUAUCUGCGAGGGGAAACGUGUACCAAUAAGAACUGCAGCUUUCUUCAUGAGACGGGUGAAGAUGGCCAGCACAGCUCAUUGCAAAACGAACCCCACGGCGCAAAACUACCGAUUCGACCUGCAGUGUCAGCCACGACUUCGCAAAUGAACCCUCCACCUCGACCUCAUUCCGCCGCCCAAAACUCAGUCACCCAACCAAUGGCUCGGCAAGGGAGCAAAGAGAAUGACAACAGCAGGAAGAAUUCCCACGAUGGUUCUGCCUUACCCUCCACAGCUAGCUGGGCAACCGCCAAUGCGUCCGUCGCACGCACGAGGCGAGCAAGUCAGACCAACAGCAGGGCCACUCCCAGUCCGCAAAUUACACAUGCUUCGCUGGCUGCUCAGAAAACGGACGAGCACAAAGGUAAGGAGCCUCAUGCCAGUCAACCAUCCACUUCGACCGCCCCGUCAAAGACGGUAUCGAGACCAGACCAAACAGUUUCCAGACCGAAGCCGAAACCUCUGGACCCGAUACAAAAACAAUACGAGGAGGUUCUACGAUGUGUAUCACGGAGCUACCGGUUCAUUUACGACGACUCGUGUCUCAGCCCCGAAGCUCGCGCCGCAGUGGACGACAUGCCCUGUUUUAUCGACCCUUAUGGCGGUGCCAAACGCCGCGCUAUGCGGGAGAAAGAAGAAGCCGAACGUGCAAAGCUAGAGGCUGAGGCAAAGGCCAAGCUAGAAGCCCAAGCCACAUCUGCCGCCGAAGAGACUCUAGACGAAGACAACAUCGUUGCUGGUAGCCUCGCGCUAGGGGGCGAACCAGAGGAUGAUCCUCGAGGUUCUUCAGCUCGUGGUGCGAUUGGACGGCCCUCCCAGUCUUUGAGCGACCAAUUUCCCUCAACGGCUUUGAAUAAUCGCAGUUUGACGCCUCAACAACGACAACAAUUGGGCCUUCUCAACACUAGCAAUCUGCCACAAGCACCAGGCCUCGGUCAACCCAGCUCCCAGAACAUCGCUUUCGAGAUGUCAGAUUUUGACAGAAGAGGACCACAGUACAGCCAAGCCCAGUACGAGCAGAUUAGCAGUCAUCAACGUCACGGUUCUAGAUACUUCAAUAACGACGCCAAAGCUGGGACAACCAGUCGCUUCCAAGGGCAGCAGCAGAACUUCUAUUCCAGCGGCGUUCAAGGACCUCCACCUGGUUUACCAACAGCGGGGACGCCUCCGGUCAGUGGCGGCGGCAUGUUCGCUCAUGGCCAGAAUUUCACAAACCCUGGUUUCGGAACUUCCAAAGAUAUUAACGCCGAAGUCUAUUCGAGAAAUCGCAGUGGAACAAAUCAAGGUCAUGAUCUGUCUAAGCGUGAGUUGCUCCUUUCCUUGCAAAAUAACCCCCUUCGGUCACCCCCAUUAUCAGCCCCUGCCCCUGGCGUCCUCAACCCGCUCUACGCUCAGUAUCAGACAUACCAAGACCCCGGACUUGUCAAGCAAAGGAAAAAGGGCAAGAAGCACAGACACGCUAACACUUCCUCUUCAGGAGGUGGUGUAGAGCAUCUUGCAGACCCGAGCAUUGCGUCAGCAAGAGUCCAUCAGGGCACCACGACAGGGCAGGGGCUGUUUGGGGGUAAUCAAGUGGAUGAGAAGAAUUUCCCCCCUCUGCCAGCCCGUCCAGAGACACAGCCUUCAGCUCUGCAUUCACGCGUCUCGUCCUUCCAGAGUCAUUACAGCUCCGGCCUCCGGUCAUCGACACCGAAAGUUCCUCCUGGAUUUGAGCUCAGCCACGGACAUCCCCCUCCCAUCAGGUCGACGUCUCCAACCCAGCCUGCUCUGGCGGUCGGCCAACGAAGUACAUCAGUCAGUUCCGUACCUAUCGCUCCAGCAGUGCCAAUCGUUCCGAUUGCCCCUCGCACAUCAACUCCGAAAACAAAGGAAGACGCCAAGGUCGCGCCGGUUGAGGAUGCGCCUAUCUCAAGCAAGAAGGCUAGCCUUGGAGUGACUGAUAUCAGUCUAGGCUCCCCUCAGCCAAAGUCUAACCGCCAGAAGCUUGAGACUGAGAAAAAGUCAGAUGUAUUGGGAGGGGUUGAUGAGAAACCUCAGAAGAAAGAUGACCCCCGUACUCCUGCAAAGGUCGAAGACAUCAAGGGUAAAGGGAAAGCCCCAGCAACGAAAUCUGGAAGAUCAGAAUUACCUUCAGGGACCGCCUCAGAAGCCCCUACCACCUCAUCGCUGCCUUCUGUCAAUACCAGUGCAUUGGACAAAUCUGCCACGCCGAUGUUGGAUUCGGCGGUCGUUGGGACACCGGCGACUAUGAGCCCUCGACCGACUACGCCUGUUACCACAACUCCAUCCGAGACAUCGAGGACGUCUAUCCCACGGCCAAGAACUCUACGCGUGACAACUGGAACGCUUAGCAAGACGCUAGAACAGACCCCUGCUUCUUCUACGACCGAGAAAUCCAGCGCUGUGCCUCCAGUUUCUGCUAUCAAGAAAGGCUCGAGGCGGCUGUCUCUCUCAUCGGCUCAGCUUAGUAGGCCUUCGACUCCAGCAAUGUCUGAGCGCCUCUCCCAUGACGUAUCCCGUGCAAGCUCUCCUCCGCCUAGUAUUGUUGGAUCUGCUCCAGAACGAACCAAAAGCAAGGCCCAACUAAAGAAAGAACGCCGAGAGAAGGCGAAGAAGACAACCGAAACCACAGAUACGGUCCCAAGCGCUGCUACAACGCCCGUAGUGGAAGAGGUUGCGCCGGUCAUCGCUCGACAAAAGAAACAAAAGAAGCAGCGAGUGGGGAGUAGCGCUCCAGCUAGUGGCGACGAGAGAGUGAAGCCAAAGACAGAGAAUGUUGGCAUGAAAUCGCAGGACAUAACCGAACAACAGAAGGUGGAAACGAUUGAGGCAAAAGCAGAUUCAAAAAAGGCAGAGGAAAAGGAGAAGGCUGCUCUUCCCGCCUCGCACCAGGCAGAAAAAUCUGCGAGCCACACUCAGAAAUCAGGCUCUUCUCGAAUAGCAACACCUCGACACGAGUCAACGUCUAGAUUCGAGGAGGCCAAGAGCGCCUACACAAUGCAAGACCUGUACAAUGACGCGGAGAAGAUGGCAACAGCCACUGACGACGUUUCGGCCCAUGCAGCUAUGCAAAAACUCCUCAACGAACAUAUCUCCUCGAUGCCCAAGAUCUUCUCCUCGCUCAUCCAAAUGGGGGACCUCUCUCGGGAUCACCCGUGGCUCAAUCCACCGUCGUUCAACUCGGCUACAUAUAAGUUACCGCCAGACUCCCGACGCGGCCAAGAGUAUCUUGAUGGCAACGGAUACAGUGCCAACGAUGCUUUUGGCUAUAUCUACCUACCACUCAAGGAGAAGCAAGCACUGAAGGACGGCAAUGCCGUUAGUGUUGCCGAUGCAGGGGAGCGAAAAGACGAUCUACUGAAGAGAUGUCUGGUGACACCUAAUGGAUGGGUUCUAAGACAUCUCAGCGCUGAUGAGGGUGAGAAGCUACUCGAGCUUGAAGAGCGACGACAACUUUAUCUAGAAGAGUUCGGAGAUGUGGGUACCAUGGCUGGAUUGGGUGUCCUCGAAGCCGACGAUUACACCAACCUCGGCGGCGGGAUGGAGAGGCUUGCCAGACAGGGUGAACGGCACGGUGUAGUUUGGAUCAUGGGUGAGGAUGGUGAGAUGAUUGAUGACGACGAGUUUGAGCCAUUCGACGACGAAGACGGCGAGAUCGACGGCGAGAUCGGCGAUAGCGAUGAAGAAGGCGAAGAGGAGCUGUACGGCGAUGGAGAAGGCCUUGAUGAGGAGGGCGAGGAAGGCCUUGAUGGCGACGAUCCGGUCAACAUGCCCGGGAGCUGGGAUCUCUCCACUCGGGACCCUCAUCAAGCCACCAGAGUUGCUUCUAGUGGGCGGAUCAACUCUCUUCCCGGCCUGGGUCCGCAUUCUAGGACGAAUGCGCUGCGCCUGCCCUCAAGAGGCCCAUCAAUGGGCAUGGAAGAUCCUGCACAGCAGGACAAUCGCGUCACUGCUGGUCCGAGCACGGGUCCUCAACACGCAAACAAACCCUCGCCGGCGCCAUCAGCACCUGCUACUACAGCAAACACUGCAACGACAGAGAAUGUGAAUGUCCGUCUUCUUGACGCGGACGCGCUACAGAAACGUGUCCAGGAAUCACAAAAAGCACUUGAUGCCGCACGCAAAGAGAUGGAAAAGACUGAGAAACUCUGGAACAAAAAGGCGAAGGACAUCGGGCGAUGGAGAGAUGGUCUCAUCGGAUCGUUGGGUGUGAAGGGCUAG